AAAAAUCAGCUUCUACCUUCGAUCGACCCGUCAGAAAUCAGCCUCACCUUCGCGGCCAGUUGCCGGUUCUUCUCCCGCCAGCCGCCGCCAGGAUUACUGACGGAAUCUUAUCAGACCUUUCUUGGACGUGUCGUGAAGUACAUAUAAUACUUCAUUUAGGAGUUUUGAUUUUUCGCUUCAAGUCUGUAUCUGCUUGGCUAGAGAUUAGAGAAUGGAUAGGGACACAGAGCCAGAUCUGUUAAUUGCAGAAAAUAUUGUCCAACCAUUACUUAUGGCUUCAAAUUGCUCUACUAUAGAAACGGCUCUUGAGAAGCUUAUUGAAAUUGCCAAAACGGUAGAAGGUCGUUCGGACCUUGCUUCCCUAAAUAUCGUUUCCCAAGUACUACGACUUUGCUUAUCCGUCUUGUAUCCUGUGGGUCAUCAAGUCCUUUCACUCUCCUUAAAGUUACUUAGAAACUUGUGCGCAGGAGAAAUAAGAAACCAAAAUGCUUUCCUUGAAAAGAACGGAGCAGAAGUUGUCUCAACUAUUAUCAAUUCCGUUGGGCCCACUUAUGAUAAUAAUGUCGGUAUUGUUCGGUUGGCUCUGCAACUUCUGGCUAAUUUUGUAUUGGCUGGUGGAGAACAUCAACGUGCUGUUUGGUGCCAAUUCUUUCCCCAUGGGUUCUUGAAUAUCGCCAGAGUAAGAAGCAGGGAGACUUGUGAUCCCUUGUGUAUGGUUAUUUAUACUUGUUGUGCAGGUGAUGAUGCCCUUUUGACAGCCUUAUGUGAUGAGCAGCAAGGGUUGCAUGUGGUCAUUGAAAUAGUGAGGACAGCAUCCAUGGCUGAUUUGGCAGAAAGUUGGUUCAAACUGCUUCUAUCAAGAAUUUGUCUGGAAGAGUCUUACAUCGCAUCAGUUUUCUUCAAGUUAGAUCCGGGCUAUGCUGCUGAUAUGGUUCCUGCAUCUGAGCAUUUUGUGUCUGAGCAAGCAUAUAUUUUGAGCACCCUUUCCGAGAUUUUGAAUGAGAGAAUAGAUGAUUUAGCCGUAACGCCUGAUUUCGCUCUGCACAUUCUUGAGAUACUGAAAAGUGCUGCUGCUAGGGUUGAUUUUUCCACUAGAGGAAAAACCAGUCUUCCAACCGCGACCACUCUCAUCAACAUUCUGGGCUAUUCUUUGACCAUCUUGAGAGACAUUUGUGCAUGUGAUCGUCGCACUGGCCUCAAAGAUGAUGAUGCCGUGGCUGUGCUAGUUUCAUCUGGACUAAUUGAAUUGCUGCUUUCUUUCCUAUCUAGCCUUGAACCUCCAGCAAUCAUCCAAAAAGCAACUAAACGGAAGGUGGGGGGCACAACUGGUCAGAUUGAUUGUUGUCCUUACAAAGGGUAUAGGAGAGACAUUGUUGCAGUCCUUGGAAACUGUGCAUAUGGGAGAAAACAAGUGCAAGACGAAAUCAGAAAGAAAAACGUCAUUGUUUUGUUGUUACAGCAGUGUGUCACUGACGAAGACAAUCCCUUCUUGAGGGAAUGGGGCAUUUGGGCUGCAAGGAAUCUACUUGAAGGAAACAAAGAAAACCAAGAAGUCGUUGCGGGUUUAGAGCUCCAGAGAAGCUUAGAUGUGCCUGAACUCGCAAGGCUUGGUCUUCGAGUCGAAGUAGACCCUAUCACUCAUCGUGCGAAGCUUGUUAACGGAUGAUUAGACUAAAAUCAAGAAUAGAAUUCCUGGUUUGCCACGUGAAAUAGCAGUAGGCUGCCCACCCUGCAAUGGUAAGAAUCCUUUUCUUCUUUGGCUUCACCAUCUUCAGCUCACUCCACAGUUCAUCAAUAUAAUGAGCUUUACUGUUAAAGUUCACCCAGUUGAAAACCUUCUUUUGGGUAGCCUCUGUCUUCUUGCAUUCCCAGAAGAGAUGUUGGAUAUUCUCUUCCUUUUGAUUGCAUAGGCAGCACAUGUCAUUAAUAUCCAAGAAUUUCUUCAACCUGUCUUUAGUCAUCAGUCUCUUCUUUUUGAUCAUCCACAUGGUAAAUUGGUGUCUCGGAUGUGAGGCUUUGUUCCAAACCAGGUCCACCCAAUCUGGUUUAGGUCGAUCACCCUGCAGCCAUGUGUAACCCUGUCUAACUGAGUAACCUUUAUCCACAUUCAUCUCACAGAAAUCCCCUCUGGUGCUUAGCAUUUUCUUCUACUAGUAAGGGCUGUCAGGUUUGGGGAUAAAGUCCCAUAACUCACAGCCCUUAAUGUAUCUUGAGUGAACCCAUUUGACCCAUAAAAGGUCCUUUUUUGCUGCCAGAUCCCAGUUUAAUUUCAUAACAAACGCCUUAUUCUACCAGACAGUGUUUUUGAUCCCCAAACCACCUUUGAAAGUGGGAAGACAAAUAUCAUUCCAAUUGACAGGGGGGCUUUCUUAUAUUCAUGAGUACCAUUCCAAAGAAAGUUUCUACAGAUAUUAUUGAUCUUGUAAAUGACUUCCUUAAGAAGGAUAAAAAUUCUGGACCAGAAGCUAAUAAUGCCAAAGUGAACAGAGUUAAUCAGUUUAAUUCUACCUGCAUAGGGGUUGUGAUUUUGUCCACAAGCCCUUUACAAUCACAUUUGCUAAGUCUCCCAGCUGAAAUGGGUGCACCGAUAUAUGUAAAAGGUAAUCUCCCUUGGUUCAUACCAGUUAUGCUAAGAAUCUCCUGGUGGAUCAAUGGGUCUCCUCCUCCAAAAGUGAUUUAAAAUUUGCUAUGGUUAAUUUUCAAACCUGUAGUCUCCUGGAAGUGGUUCAAGCAUUCCAUAAUACAAUUCACUGAUUGUUCAUCAGCUCUGCAAGCAAAUAUCAGAUCAUCUGCAAAGUUAAGGUUAAUGACCUUAAGAUUCGAGCACAUAGGAUGGAACCUGAAUGGCCUUAUUUCAGCAAAAUAAAGGUUCUUGAGAGGU